AUGCUGGCGCCUCUAGUGGCGGUUCUGGCGCUCAUCGGCGCGGCGUCGACAUCAGCUCAGGUCCCGCGCAUCGUCGGCGGCACCAACGUGUCAAUCGAAGAGGUCCCGUGGCAGGUGUCCGUCCAGAAAGGAGGCAGUCACUACUGUGGUGGUUCCAUCAUCAGCAAGUCAUGGGUGCUCACCGCAGCCCACUGCAUCUUUGUGACAUACAGUUACCAGAUUCGCGCCGGCACCGCCAACUUGGAACAAGGCCAACUAUACUCUGUCGUAAGGAAAACGAUACACGAGAAGUACAACGUGCUGGCGUACGACUGUGACGUGGCGGUCUUGAAAAUACGAGGAGAGUUUCAGCUGGGAGAGAAAGUCAAGAUAGUGCGUCUGGCGACCUCCCGUCCGCAGGAAGGUGCUUCAGUGCUGGUGUCUGGGUGGGGGGCGACGUCGGAGGGGGGCAGCACAUCGAACUUCCUGCUCGCCACCACUGUGAAGGUGGUAUCCGUGUACAAGUGCCGGAUGUGUUACCCCAGCGUGGGGCUGACGAACGUCAUGAUGUGCGCCGGGGUGCCCGCUGGCGGCAAGGACUCGUGCCAGGGCGACAGCGGCGGCCCCCUCGUCCACGGCAAGAAACUCGUCGGAGUCGUCUCCUUCGGCAAGGGCUGCGCGCGACCUGGCUAUCCGGGCGUCUAUGCGGACGUGGUUUCGCUACGCAAGUGGAUCACCCAAAAAGCCCGCAUCAAGUAA